AUGUCGGUUCAACUUGAGUAUAGUAAUCUUGGAGAGUCAGGAUUAAAGGUAGCACCAAUUAUUAUCGGAUGCAUGACCUUUGGAUCCAAGAAGUGGUAUGAUUGGGUUAUUGAAGACGAAGAAGAGAUCUUUGGAAUUCUCAAGAAAUGUUACGAUGCAGGAUUAAACACCUUUGAUACCGCAGAUGUUUAUUCCAAUGGGUUGUCAGAAAUAAUUUUGGGUAAGUUUCUCAAAAAAUACGAUAUUCCAAGAGAAAAUGUUGUGAUUUUAUCAAAGUGCUUUUUUCCCGUUAGUAAGGACGAUAUUGGUUCAAAAUCUUUCACAAAUCCUUCAUCAAAAGGUCCAGAGUAUGCCAACUCAAUUGGUUUAUCACGUAAACACAUUUUAGACGCGGCAAAAGCAUCGGUUGAGAGAUUGGGUACUUAUAUGGAUGUCUACCAAAUCCAUAGAUAUGAUCCCACGACUCCAAACCACGAGAUUAUGCGCGCAUUAAACGAUGUGGUUGAAGCCGGAUACACGAGAUACAUUGGAGCAUCCUCCAUGAGGGCCGUAGAGUUUGCACAAUUGCAGUUUGUUGCUGAGAAGCAUGGAUGGCACAAGUUCAUUAGCAUGCAAAACUACUACAACUUGUUGUACAGAGAAGAGGAGCGGGAGAUGAUUCCAUUUUGUAAGAAUAAUGAUAUCAGCAAAGUAGGCAUUAUCCCAUGGAGUCCAAUUGCUAGAGGAGUCCUUGCACGACCAGUGGGAAAACCUUCGGAAUCACAUGGCAACCGCCUGAACAAUGAUAACUAUAUUAGUGGUUUAGGUUUGAACAAGUUAUCCGAUGCUGAUGUAGAAAUCGUCAACAGGGUCGAGAAACUUGCUAAUAAGCACCACAAGUCAAUGGCAGGAAUUGCAACGGCUUGGUCAUUGGCGAAAGGAUGUAAUCCAAUUGUUGGAGUCAACUCUCAAAAACGUGUUGAAGACUUGGUAACUGCUACUCAGAUCAAACUCACUGAGGAAGAAAUCGCUUAUUUAGAUGAGCCAUACGUUGUUAAAGCCGUACAGUCAUAA